AUGGCUCUCUGGCAGUAUGGAACGACUAAUGCUGCCUCCGUUAUCAACCACAUGAUUCGAACCUUUACCAACCUCAGGUUCUGUCUUAUGGUUGGCAUCGGCGGAGGGGUUCCAACCAAACGCGAUAUCCGGCUGGGUGAUGUUGUUGUUAGUGCACCGGAUCACGGCAGAGGUGGUGUUUACGAGUAUGAUUAUGGCAAGACCCUACAAAAUAAGGCCUUUGAGCCUACCGGAGCUUUGAAUCAGCCUCCCCUGGAGCUUCUAGUCGCCGCGAAUGCACUGAGAGCAGAAUAUGAGUUCAAGGGCAUGAGUUUCGUCGAGCAAAUCGCCGCCAAAGUUCAACGUCUGUCGCCAGAUGUUCAUUCGAAGUAUUCUCGCCCAAGAAACGACAGGCUGUACAUGCCAAAUGUCAUCCACGAUGAUCAGAGUCGCAAGACUCCUUGUUGCCAGAACUUGGACGAGAGUCCGAAAGACGAAAGCUCUCUUCUUGUCCGAAGACCUGCGCGUCACAGCGAAGAACCCAUCAUCCACUACGGACUCAUCGCCUCUGGCAACAAGUUGAUGAAGAACGCUGAAACACGAGACGUUUUAGCGAAGAAUCAUGACAUCCUUUGCUUCGAAAUGGAGGCAGCCGGGUUGAUGAAUCAAUUUCCUACGUUGGUAGUACGGGGCAUUUGCGAUUAUUCUGAUAGCCACAAGAACUCCGAGUGGCAAGGGUUUGCAGCUUUGGCCGCUGCCUUGUACGCCAGAGAUCUACUGCUCGAGAUCGCGCCCACGACAGCGGAGAACUCUGAGAGGCUGAGAGAACAGCGUUAG